GAAGAAGGUGCUACUGGAGAGACAGCCUACGAAUCCGAAACCAAAAUUGAUGACAAUAUCCGCUCUUUCUUCGACUCUGAUCACAGCAGAAAGUUUGAGCUUUCGAGAAAGACGAUGCAAAGGAACACAUGGCUGCUCGGUUUGAGCAGAUAAAGGCCGAGUUUGAAGGGAAACAAAGAGCUUCACGAUGACAAGUGUCGUUUCUAUGAGGUUGUUCGUUCGUGUUGAUGCUCAAGAAAGACCAGAGAUUAUUGCAAAUCAAAUAUUCAAAAGAAACAUUAUCAAUCAGCAAGACAACAAGAGACAAGUCGAGUUCUAAAAGAGUAACUCAAAGCAGUGACGUGUCUUGUUCAACAGUAUACACAUAUACAUACACUUGAUAUUUGUGUAUAGAUGUGGAGGUUUUAAAACGUGAAGGUGAUCGAGGAACGGGAACACACAGAUCUGGAUGAAGUUUUUUCCUUGUUAAUUUUACCCGGCGGGAAACAGAUAAUUUUUUUUUUUUUGGGGAAAAGCUAUUUUCUUCCCCAAAUAAGCUCCCUUCUUCUUCUUAAAACCUAAUAAUUUCAAUUUCAAUUUCAAUUUCAAUUUCAGUCUCUUGUAUACACUGAUCUGCUAGUUCUAGUGAGCGACAACAACCUCUCUUCCUCCGAAUGAUUUCAAUGGCGAGUGUCCCAAAACCCUUGGAGGAAGAAGAUAACCAAAGCGAAAUCGAACUCCACCACGACCACGACAACGUUGAUAUUCCUUCGAAUGUUCGCUACGCUUCUCUCGAGCGCGUCUACUCCGUUUCCUCUUCCUCCUCUUCACUGUGCUGUGCUAGCACCGCCGGUUCCCACAAUGUCAUGUCCAAGAAGCUCAAUGCCCACAAGCUCACAAGUUGUCCCGAUGAUUUUGAGUCGCAGCCUCAACGGCGACCGGAGAUUGUUCACGUCUACACUCGCCGUAGGAUGCGGCGGCGGGAGUCUUUCCUUGACGGGGAGAAGCUUAAGAGACGGAGGAUUGGUUCUGGCGAGCUGAUGAAAUUGGGCGUUGAUUCCACUACUUUAAGCGUCUCUGCCACCCCGCGUUUAAGGGGUUGUAGAAUUAACGCUGCGUGUAGCGGAAACAAUAAGCGAAAUGGAUCUUCCCAGAGGAAGGGGAAGCUAAUCACACCUUCUGCUACAGCUAAGAGAUGGGUCAGGUUAAGUUAUGAUGGUGUCGAUCCUACAACUUUCAUUGGGCUGCAAUGCAAGGUUUUUUGGCCACUCGAUGCUGAUUGGUAUCCUGGUUCUAUCAUUGGAUACAAUGCCGAGAAAAGGCGUCACAUUAUUAAGUAUGGAGAUGGAGAUGGUGAGGAGUUAGCUCUUCGUCGUGAAAUGAUAAAAUAUUUCAUUUCCCGUGAAGAGAUGGAGCUGCUAAAUCUGAAGUUUGGUUCUAAUGAUGUCGCUGUCGGUGGUCAAGAUUACGAUGAGAUGGUUGUAUUGGCUGCUUCUUUUGAGGGGUGCCAGGAUUUUGAGCCUAGAGACAUCAUAUGGGCGAAACUAACUGGUCAUGCUAUGUGGCCAGCAAUUGUUGUGGAUGAAUCUGUUAUUUUAAAGCGGAAAGGUCUAAGCAAUAAGGCACCUGGAGGAAAAUCAAUCCUUGUACAGUUUUUCGGCACUCAUGAUUUUGCUAGAAUACAAGUCAAGCAAGCAGUCUCAUUUCUUGAAGGGCUUCUCUCGCGGUCUCCCCUGAAGUGCAAGCAACCUCGGUUUGAACAGGCCAUGGAGGAAGCAAAAAUGUACCUAAAAGAAUUUAAGCUUCCAAGAAGGAUGGAUCAACUUCAAAAAGUUGCUGAUACUGAUUGUUCCGAAAGGACUUAUAGUGGAGAAGAGGACAGCUCAAACUCUGCUGAGGAUUACACUAAAGAUGGAGAAGUCUGGUUGCGACCAGUGGAACUUGGAGACUGUUUGCAUACAAUAGGAGAUCUGCAAAUAAUAAGUCUUGGAAGGAUCGUGACAGACUCUGAAUUUUUCAAGGAUAGUCAUCAUACUUGGCCUGAAGGGUAUACAGCUAUGCGAAAGUUCAUAUCACUAAAAGAUCCUGGUGCAUCUGCCAUGUACAAGAUGGAGGUUCUUAGAGAUGCCGAGUCAAAGACUCGCCCUGUUUUUAGAGUGACAACGAAUAGCGGUGAGCAGUUCAAAGGAGACACUCCAUCUGCCUGCUGGAAUAAAAUAUAUAAUAGGAUAAAAAAGCUUCAGAGUGCUUCAGAUAGUCCCGAUAAGUUGAGUGAAGGCAAACUUGAAUCUGGUACAGAUAUGUUUGGCUUCUCCAACCCAGAAGUUGAUAAACUUGUACAGGGGCUUUUACAAUCCAGACCAACUUCCAAGGUUUCUCAGCGCAAAUAUAGUUCAGGAAAGUAUCAAGAUCAUCCUACUGGUUACCGACCUGUGCGGGUUGAGUGGAAAGAUCUCGACAAGUGCAAUGUCUGCCACAUGGAUGAGGAAUAUGAAAACAAUCUGUUCCUGCAAUGUGAUAAAUGUAGAAUGAUGGUCCAUACUAGAUGCUACGGGCAGCUGGAACCCCGUGAUGGCGUUCUGUGGUUAUGCAACUUGUGUCGUCCUGGCGCUCUCGAUAUUCUUCCACGAUGUUGUCUUUGUCCUAUAGUUGGUGGCGCUAUGAAGCCGACAACUGAUGGGCGCUGGGCUCAUCUGGCGUGUGCCAUAUGGAUCCCAGAAACAUGCUUAUCGGAUGUCAAGAAGAUGGAACCCAUUGAUGGGGUUAAUAAAAUCAAUAAGGAUCGUUGGAAGUUAUUGUGCAGCAUCUGCGGGGUAUCUUACGGAGCUUGUAUCCAAUGUUCAAACAGUUUUUGUCGAGUGGCAUAUCAUCCACUAUGCGCACGAGCUGCUGGUCUCUGUGUUGAGCUUGCGGAUGAGGAUAGGCUUUUUCUUCUAUCAGUGGAAGAUGAUGAAGCAGAUCAGUGCAUUCGCCUACUUUCAUUUUGCAAGAGGCAUCGGCAAACAUCAAAUGACCACCUAGAAACAAAGUACAUGGUCAAACCUGCUCAUAAUAUUGCCAAGUAUCUUCCACCUCCUAAUCCAUCUGGCUGUGCUCGUACUGAGCCUUAUAAUUACAUUGGAAGAAGAGGACGAAAGGAACCCGAAGCUCUUGCUGGUGCUUCUUCAAAACGAUUGUUUGUUGAAAAUCAGCCCUAUAUUGUUGGUGGUUACUCUCGACAUGAAUUUUCAACCUACGAACGCAUUAAUGGAUCAAAGGUGUCACAGAUAAUUACUCCAAGCAAUAUUCUGUCUAUGGCCGAGAAAUAUAGAUACAUGAAGGAAACAUACAGGAAGAGAUUAGCAUUCGGGAAAUCAGGAAUUCAUGGUUUUGGGAUCUUUGCAAAGCUUCCUCACAGGGCAGGAGAUAUGGUGAUUGAAUACACUGGCGAACUCGUUAGGCCUUCAAUAGCUGACAAGAGAGAACAUCUUAUAUACAACUCAAUGGUGGGUGCCGGGACCUACAUGUUUAGGAUUGAUAAUGAACGGGUCAUAGAUGCUACAAGAAAAGGAAGCAUUGCCCAUCUGAUUAAUCACUCAUGUGAGCCUAAUUGCUAUUCAAGAGUCAUUAGUGUUAAUGAUGAUGACCAUAUUAUUAUAUUUGCAAAGAGGGAUGUCGCAAAAUGGGAAGAGCUGACCUAUGAUUAUAGGUUUUUUUCAAUUGAUGAGCGCCUUGCAUGUUACUGUGGUUUCCCAAGAUGCCGGGGUGUUGUAAAUGACACCGAAGCCGAAGAACGACAGGCAAAUAUUCAUGCUUCUCGCUGUGAGUUAAAAGAGUGGACAGAGACCUGAGAGGUUGGUAGUUGUCUUUUAUCCAUCGAAGACGAGUUCUUUUAUGCGUCUUGAUCUCUUCGGAUGAUGGUCUAAUUUCAUGAUCUUCACAUCUGCUAUUUCUACACGAGAUCUUUGUCAGGAAACCACACCUUUGCGAAUUCUCAUGAUUCUGGCUAACUUUCCCCUCUAGAGUCGCCCAUUAAUCUCCCUGAGCACAUACUGUAACUCUCAAUUCUCUGACUUGAGAUAGCUCGAUUCUAUCCCAAGGUUUUGUAUAACAAUCCAUUUAUUGUACAGAUACUAAUUAGUACUUAAACCA